CGUAAUCCACGUAGCGCAUGCGCAUUGACGCGUAGGAACAUUCCAACUUCCUGAUUGUGGGAGGUCACGUCAAAUAGAUUCUUUUACGCACAUUUUCCUUCACAGGACCAACCCCACCGAGGACCUUGUCAGACCACGAACCGAAGACCUCUAUAUACCAGCAAAGAAAUACUUUGUAUUUACCACCUCAGCUCCUUGUGUCCGUUAUGUGUGACCUCAGCCAAGAUGGGAAUUGGGAAUCGGACUCCACGACUGAUUACUCUCAGAUAAAAAAUCGUUUGAAAUCAUUCUGCAACUCCAGCUGGAGCCAGAAGGUGUCGCCGGAGCGACUGGCUUUAGCUGGGUUCUUCUUCACUGGAGAUUCUGACCGCGUACGCUGCUUCAGUUGCCAGGAAACGGUCGAAAACUGGUCCCAGGAAGAUGCACCGGUGGACAGACACAAAGAGGUUUCCCCAUCAUGCAUGUUUCUCCGCUGCACACACAACAACAGUUUUAAAUCAAAUCCCCACAUGCCUCUCAGCAAUGGGAGCCUUAACGAUGAAACCGCAGCAUAUAUGGAUUACCAGUUGAGAACAAAAGCCGUCGUUGAUGAGACCCCGUACCCAAGGAACCAGAAUAUGAAGAGUGAAGAGGCCCGCCUUAAAACCUUCUCUUCGUGGCCGAGUUCUGCUCCAGUGAGGCCUCGAGAUCUGGCUCAGGCAGGUUUCUUCUACUUAGGAAAGGAUGAUAGAGUGCAGUGUUUCUGCUGUGGAGGCAAGCUGAGCGGGUGGGAACCCGGGGACAGCCCCUGGAGAGAACACGAAACACAUUAUUCCCACUGUUUCUACGUCCUUGGCCAUGACGUGGGAAAUGUGCCGCUGCCAGAGGAUGCCGGGGAGGAUGAAGAGACUGGCAGCAGACAAAGGCAUCGCAAACCUUCAAGUAAUAUGGAAAAUCUGGAGGAGCGACUUGCUACUUUUGCACGUGUCCAGCACCCUAUUGACCACGAACUGCUCGCUCAAGCCGGCUUCUACAGCAAAGGAGAAGGAGACAAGGUGCUCUGCUUCAAAUGUGGUGGUGGUUUGACGGAUUGGGACUCCGAAGACGAUCCUUGGGAAGAACAUGCCAAAUAUUAUCCCGGAUGCAGCUUUCUGUUAUCAGAAAAAGGCCAAGAAUUUGUUAAUAAAAUUCAGCUACAAGGACCUAAGCACACAAAAGAGGAUUCAGAGCAUCAAAAUGGAUUUUUAGAGGAGGAGAAAGUUGAGAAUCCGCUGGAGGAGCUUGAGAAGCUGCGUCGGGAGAAGCGCUGUAAAAUCUGCCUGGACAAGAGCGUGGGCAUCGUCUUCAUCCCAUGUGGUCAUCUGGCGAGCUGCAAGGAGUGUUCCGAUAAGCUGGAUCAGUGUCCGAUAUGCUGUGCAACUAUAGCGCAGAAAAUCCAGACCUUCAUUGCUUAAAGAAGCACUCUUGUCCAACAUGGCUGCUGCUAUUCUUUUUAAUGGAGAUUUCGUUUUGAAGUUUAAAAAAAGGCAGUUUGUGAGCAUCUAAGCUGAAAAACAAAGAGGAACUAUGGAGCUGGAGCUAACGGUUUCUCUGAACCAAGUUGGCAAGGAGUUUUUUUAUUUUUCCCAACUUCCCAAUUUUAUUUUCAUUUAAUACAUGGCUUUACUUUUACAAAUGACAGCCAUUUACAUCACAAGAAAACGCUAAAAGUUGUUUGUAAUAAUGCAAAGUCACCCAUAAUUAAUAUGUGCACUAUAACACUUAUGUUUUAAAGAUUUUUAUGAGUUAUUAUUAUUAUUAUUUUUUUAAGUAAACAAACACUUUUCUUUAG